AUGUUACGCUUGGUUUCGCGGCCCUCCUCAACGGGGCGACUCGGGAAGGUCGUUUGCUCUGGUGCUCCACAUGGAGGCCGCAGGUCCAUAGCGUCCACGUCCGCGCGUCAAGCUGACAUCACUCUCACUGUUGACGGGAAGGAGGUAACGGUCCCCAAGGUACGGUCCGCGUUGAUUCAAGCUUGCGAGGCUGCUGGUGCUACGAUUCCUCGGUUUUGCUACCAUGAUAGACUCGCAAUUGCUGGUAACUGCCGUAUGUGUCUGGUUGAGGUCGAGCGUUCCCCAAAGCCAGUAGCAUCAUGUGCUAUGCCGGCUAUGCCUGGUUCCAAGGUGUUCACAAAUACCCCACUGGUUCAUGAAGCUCGCGAGGGUGUCAUGGAAUUCCUUCUAGCCAACCACCCACUCGACUGCCCUAUUUGUGACCAGGGUGGCGAAUGUGACCUUCAGGACCAGUCCAUGCGAUACGGCUCUGAUCGCACGCGUUUCCACGAAAUCACGGGCAAACGUGCAGUAGAGAACAAGGACCUUGGACCUCUUGUUAAGACUUCCAUGAACCGUUGCAUUCAAUGUACUCGGUGUGUCCGGUUUGCCAACGAGGUUGCUGGUGUCGAGGAGCUUGGUACAACGGGUCGUGGUAAUGACCUUCAAAUUGGCAUGUAUGUUGAGAAGACCAUGGACUCCGAACUUUCUGGCAACAUCAUCGAUCUUUGUCCCGUCGGUGCUUUAACAAGCAAACCAUACGCCCUCCACGCCAGACCAUGGGAACUAAAAAAUACUGAGUCCAUCGAUGUUAUGGAUGCCGUUGGUUCGAAUAUUCGCGUCGACUCUCGUGGUGUCCAGGUGAUGCGUAUCCAGCCUCGGACCAACGACGAAGUCAACGAGGAGUGGAUCACAAGGCGACCGUUUGUUGCAGCUUCGUGGGAGGAAGCUCUGCAAACAAUUGCAGAUGGUAUUGCCUCCUCGGGGGCUACUGGCAAUGAGAUUCAAGCCGUCGCUGGACACCUUGCUGACACCGAGUCUCUUGUUGCACUCAAAGACUUGAUCAACCGCCUAGGAUCAGACAAUCUUGCACUCGACCAGAUCAACGGCAGCGCACCGCCCCUACAUGGUGUUGAUGUUCGCUCCAAUUAUCUCUUCAACUCUACCAUCCCUGGUGUUGAGGAAGCCGACGCCAUCCUACUUGUUGGUACUAACCCACGCCACGAGGCUGCUGUCCUUAACUCUCGCAUUCGCAAGAGCUGGCUGCACACAAGUCUCGAGGUCGGCCUCAUCGGCGAGCGUACCGAUACGGCGUACGGUUACGACUACCUCGGAGCAGACUCCAAGGCUCUUGCUGACUUCAUUGCUGGCAAGGGAGCAUUCGCAGCCAAAUUCAAGGCAGCCAAGCGGCCCUUGAUCAUCGUUGGGAGCGCUCUUGCGGAGCAACCUGACGGUGCUGCUGCUUACAACGCGCUGGCCAAGUUUGUCGAGAAGAACAAAGAUUCGCUCAUUACCCCUGAGUGGAAUGGCUUCUCUGUCCUACAUAGGAUUGCCUCUAGACCUGCGGCAUACGAAAUUGGGUUUGUCCCCUCGAAGAAGGCCGCCAGUACCCAACCCAAAUUUAUCUACUUGCUUAAUGCAGAUGAAGUCGACCCCAAGUCUAUACCUGCAAAUGCUUUCGUCGUUUACCAAGGCCACCACGGAGAUCUUGGCGCCUCGCUUGCUGAUGUUUGCUUGCCUGCCGCAGCAUACACUGAAAAAGCUAUGACAUGGGUAAAUACGGAGGGUCGGUCUCAAGUAGGUCGUGCCGCUGUUCCCCCACCGGGCGCUUCCCGCGAGGAUUGGAAGAUCAUCCGUGCACUUUCAGAAGUUCUCGGUUCACCACUGCCCUACGAUGAUGUCCUGAGUUUGCGUGACCGCAUGUGGGAUAUCUCGCCCACUCUUGUCCGCUACGAUGUUGUAGAACGAACAUCUCCCGAAGUCGCUGUGGCAGGUCUUCAGACAAUAGCAGCCAAUACGGUAUCGGCAAAGGUCUCUGGCAAGCCCUUCCUCAAGCCCAUCUCCAACUUCUACCAAACCGACCCCAUCUCACGCGCCUCCGUCACUAUGGCACAAUGUACGCGCGCUUUUGUCAAGGGAGAGGACUACGGGUUCGGUGAAAAGGGCUCAGAAGCAGCUUAUGCGUGA